AUGCAUCAGGAUGUGCCACCAACCCACACAUCCCAACAUUCAUACCAAAACCAAACACCCAACAACCCACUCCAUCAACAAACCUAUACCUACCCAUACAACCAACAAUAUCAUCCACAACCAUACCUACGACCACCCAGACAGUUCACCCCUGUCCAACCGCCCCUCUUUGACCAUACCGACCAUCCUUUCCAAAAUCAACCCUCUAACACAACCUACUCUCAACCCGCCUCGACCAUCAACACUACCUAUACUCAAACCUCCCAGAACUUUACGCCUGAUAACGUCUACUACCCAACCUUUCAACACCCCCCAUCCGAAACCUACCCGCCACCACCGCAACCACCACACUCAUUCCAACAAUUUUUGUUGACAGACGAGCAACUGAUGCAGAUGCCGGAUUUUAACAUUGAUGAUCUUCUUGAUGAGCAACCGGGACCCUCUUCACGGCCGACAAACCCCCCUACAACACUACACCAUGAAGACAUGUCUUCUGACUCUUCUGAAUCGACUAGAAAUGAGCGUUUGGGUAGGGGACAUAGACAGCGAAGGAUCCCUAGGUGUGGAACUGGGGGACAUAUUAGAUGA